AUGCUCGAAAAUGAUGAUGGCCUAUCGAUUGGUGAUCGAUAUGUUGCUGAUGGCGGGGUAUCCGCAUGCGAGCUAGAAAGGGAAAGCGACAUCCGCUGUUUUUUUGUAAACAAUAGGAAUUUGAGGAACAUUGCGAGAUUGUCAUCGGUGGAGUCUUCUGGCGAUGACAGUGUAAAACUGUUGAUACGAGGAUUGCUGGCGGCGUUGGCCAGAUUUUGUUGCUGGCGAAUUUUGCAGAACGGAUGGUUUUUCAUUUUAAAUGAUGUUGCUGCCAGACAGGUCAGUACCUGGCCACCAGUGUGGCCGCGUGUUGGUUUUUGGUACGUCCGGUGUAUAUAUAGGGGUUGCUGCUGUCGGCAAAUAAUUUUCCGGUGCAAGCGCAUUUAUUGGACCCAAUGGGGCAGCUGCCAGGCGAUGCAUGAGGGGCUGUUGUAGAUGAGAGACUGCAGCUGGCUUUUAGAUAAGUUUAUU